GCAGCCCCCGUCUGCUCUGCUCUGCUCUGCUCUGCGCUGCCUUUAUUUCCUCGUUCACGGAGGAGAACCGAUGAGCCUGCUGCGCCGCCGCUGCGCGUCUGCCUCUCACCUGCUCGCAUCCAGGGACCAGGGAGCAUGUUGACGCGGGUCAGAUCCGCGGUGGCCAGCCUGAUGGGAGGCGUGAUGGCCGGCGGCUCCGGCGGGGAGCAGCCCGGCGGCUCGGACCUGCCGCUCAAAUUCCCCUACGGCAGAGCGGAGUUCCUGGGACUUUCCCCGGACGAGGUGGAGUGCUCGGCGGAUCACAUCGCCAGGCCGAUCCUGAUCCUGAAGGAGACCCGGCGGCUGCCGUGGUCCACCGGCUAUGCGGAGGUGAUAAAUGCUGGAAAGAGUACGUUGAACGAGGACCAGGCCUGCUGCGAGGUGCUGGUGAUCAAGAGGAGACCUUCAGAAACCUCCACCCCCAACCGAACCCCCUCGGCCCGCCGGAGGUCUUCCCUACCUAACGGGGAGGGGCCGAGCCUCAACCUAGAUGCCUCUGAAGACUUAACCUUCCACUACUGGGCGUUGUUCGAUGGCCACGCCGGCUCCGGGGCGGCUGUAGUGGCGUCCCGUCUUCUCCAUCACCACAUCGCCCUGCACCUUCAAGAGGUGAUGGAGAUUCUCCGUACACCCAACCUGGUGCCUCCGACAUGUAUGGACGAGGAACCUAUCAAUCACCUCCUCAACGCUACAUCUCACCGGGCGCUCACCAGGGCCGCGUCGCUUCGGGGCGCCGCCGGCGCUCCAGGUUCCCCCAGCACGCCACCCACGCGCUUCUUUAUGGAGAAGAAGGUUUCGCAGGAGAGUCUGGUGAUUGGGGCCAUCGAGAAUGCCUUCAAAGACAUGGAUGUGCAGAUACAGAAGGAGAAGGAGUCCUACAACAUCUCAGGUGGCUGCACUGCACUGAUGGUUCUCUGUCUGCAAGGAAAGCUCUACGUUGGGAACGCAGGAGACAGCAGAGCUAUCGUUAUCCGGGCCGGGGAAGUCAUUCCCAUGUCAGCAGAGUUCACACCGGAGUCGGAGAGGCAACGACUGCAGUUCCUGGCCUACAUGCAGCCCCACUUAUUAGGGAACGAGUUUACACAUCUGGAGUUCCCGAGGAGAGUGCAGAGGAAGGAGGUUGGGAAGAAGAUGCUGUACAGGGACUUCACCAUGUCAGGAUGGGCGUAUAAAACCAUAGAUGACGAUGACCUGAAGUUUCCCCUGAUCUACGGCGAAGGGAAGAAGGCCCGCGUGUUGGCAACCAUCGGCGUCACCAGAGGUCUCGGAGACCACAACCUGAAAGUGCACGACUCCAACAUUUACAUUAAACCCUUCCUGUCCUGCUGCCCAGAGGUGAGAGUUUACCCGUUAUCCGAAUGCGAGCACGGGGCGGACGACGUUCUGGUGCUGGGAACCGACGGUCUGUGGGACGUCCUCUCCAACAAGGAAGUGGCCGAAGCGGUCACCUGCUUCCUGGCAAACUGCGACCCAGAUGACCAGCACAGGUACACGAUGGCAGCUCAAGACCUCAUAAUGAGAGCUCGGGGAGUGCUGAAGGAUCAAGGCUGGAGGAUAUCCAACGACAGAUUAGGCUCCGGAGAUGACAUCUCUGUGUUCAUCAUCCCCCUCGUGUGUGGAAACAAGCAAGACUAGCAGCAACGAAGCCACAACAUAACCCCUCCCGGACCUCUCGGUUUUCCUCGGCCCGUCUCGUCUUCAUCAAGUGCUUUGUGUGGAUUUCCUGCUUUCCUGAAGGAUCCAAGAUGUUUCUGGUCAGAGACGGGAUUUCUGUCCAGGUUUCGUCUCGAUCAUCUUCAGCCAGCUUAUCCUCUUUUGGUCUGCUCCUUUUCCUGGAAAAGAAACGGGAGAGACGGAGGGAGCCGCCGACGGUUCGGCCUGAUGGUUUUCAUUUUUCCGAUCCUGACGGAGCAGUCGUGGACUUGUGAGGGAAGAGCCUGGACUCUCAUGGAUGGCAUGGUGCCACGCGUCUCAGAAAUGCUGUUGCUGACUGAUGCACAAUAUUUAUAAAUGUGAACAUGUAAAUAAUAGCACAUUUUAUAAGAGUCAGACUGAGCAUCUGUACAUUGUUGGAAAAAAGAAAAGACAAAAGUCUUCAGAAACUGAUGCCCUCCGUAUGUGAACCGUACCUAAUGAAGAAAACACGCGUGUGUUUGUCUGUAAGAUUUUGGCUGUCAGUAUUUCAGCGCAGGAACACACACUUGUGUCUCCAGCCCUGCUUUUACAUUAAUUCAGUUAAAAGAAGGAGGAGCAGAGGCGUCUUUCUGCUACAUUUUGCCAAACGUACCCCUUCCCAUGUUACCCAAUUCCUAAAUACGUUUUUGAAAGUUUGGCGUGAUAUUUUACUCACGACAGAGCACUGAAAGAUAUCAAAAGUUUAAACCUGAGGACAUGUACCGUCUUAAGAAAGAAUAAAUAAGGUCCUUCUGAAUUUGACUGCAGCGGCACAACUCAGAACAAAUUGGGGCAAGAUGAUGUUGAUGACUGUGGAGCAUCUGUCUGGGAACUCAGGAGAGCAGCUUCUGAGGCAUGACGUCCCAUUCCCGUCUGAUAGGAAACAGUCCUGCAUCUUCUUUUUAAGACGGGGCAUCCAUGAUUUCUCCAAAAUAAUUUCAUAUUUCAAUAUAUUUUUCUCCAGUUCGCCCCAAUCCACCUCAGAUGAGCAUCCAGAGAAGUCAGUUUGGUGAAGCUCUGCCCCUCUUUAUUUCAGAGUUACUUUCUGAGAUGAUAUUUUUAUGCUCAAUCUAUCCGUGACAUGUUACCGGUUAAUACCAAUUUUUUUUUUUGUAUAGCGUCUAAUACAACAGAUGUUGUCUCUAGACGCUUUCCAGAGA